UCUGACAAAUACUAAAAGAUUGGUUAAAGGUAAGGAACUUUGAUUUUAAUUAUUGUUUUGAUUACCCUCACCGUUUGGGCAGGACAUUCAAAUUUGUCAAUAGGACAUUUUUGCUUCCCCAGCCUGUAAACUUUAUCUCCAAAAUCCCAACCUUAAUCUAAAUGCAUUGCAUCAGAAUAUGCUGACUUUAAGUUCAAUUCAAAUGUUUCAGUGAGCAAGAAAGAAGAUCUUCCAUCUAGACUAGUGGACAUUUCACAUUAUCUCAGAAAAAAAACAAAGGUCUUGUGCUACAUGUUCCACAGCAACAUCUUAGCUAAUGGUGGCUAAUGCCAUCUAAUGCCAAUGGUGGCGGGAUCUGCAAGAAGAUAUUUAAGAGGCCAAUUAGGUUGUCUCUUUCUGUCAGGUUUUAAUAUGAUUUCUUACUGUACAGUUCAGGAAUAGUCUUUUUUUUCUUUCAAAUAUGCCCAACUCAAAUAACUGUUGUCAAGACACUUUAUUUCAACUUUUUAAAGAUUGUUUAUAUUUUUUAUUUGUCUACCAUUUGUUGUUUUUACAGAGGAAAGCAUUGACUUGGUUGAAAACAGUUUGCUCCAGUAUUUUAGACAGAAGGGUAGGAGCGAAACUGGUCUGAAGUUUUCGACCUGGGCUGGGUCGAGUGUAGGUUUUUUGAGUACUGGAGUGACUCAAGCUUGCUAAAUGCAGCAGGGAACACACCCAUAGCAAGUGAGGAAUUGAUGAUGUGUGUUACUGCAGGGUUAAGUGUUGGAGAAAUGGUGUGUAAGAAGUCGGAUGGUAUUGGGUCGAAUGCCAUAGUGUAUUAAAUAGCAAUACAAAUAUCAGCAACAUGAUUCUGUCUUCUCAAAACGCAAAUUUAAAAUAUUGUAUUUACAUUUUAACUUUGCAGAAUUCCAGUUUGAGAUUUCUAAAUCUCCAGUUUGACAAGUUAAAACUUAAUUUAAGAUAUAUAAAGAGUAAUGUAGAUAUCUUCUUAUGAGGGAAAUUCAGGAUAUGUUGAACUACAUUUAUGACUAGCCAGAAAAAAACUGUAGAUAUCUGAAACUAGAAAUAAUGCUUACUUAUAUACUUAUUAAUAUCUAUAGAAAAAUACAAACCAAAAUCAGCAACAACUGAAUUUUGUUUCUCUUUGGAUUUAAACGAUAGUAUCCCUUGCUGUUUCACAGGCAUAAGUAACAAUGAAUUUGCUAAUACUUGUAAUCGACCUGCACAAAAUUGUGAAUUUUCUAUUAUUUAUAUGGUACUGUGUCAUGUGUAUACAAGACAGCAUGUAGUUUUAGUCUGACCAGUUCGACACACCCUCAAAGAAUGAGUAGUUUCAGUCGGACUACUUUUGCAAGAUCUUCAUUCCUUUACUCAGAAAUGUGGGGUUACAGUAUGACCUUUCCUUGUCAAGCCCAGCUGACCAGUCAGACCUGAUUGGUCUUUUCUGGAGGGAUGUAAUAAACAGAAAAGAGGUAGAAGUGAGCAUUUCAGACAGCUGCUGCAGCAAUGUACAGAACUGAGAAAACUGAUCUGUUGUUUGAGUAAUAAAGCAUGCAAACAUAUUUGUGUCGUUGAGUUGCACAUUUUAAACCUCUAAGUGAGCAUAAUAUGGGCUUAGAGCAGAUAAGAAGCGACUUGGAGACAAACCUUGAUUAGCUAAUGCAAACUAUAUUCAUGUGACAGUUCAAAGGUUUUGAGAUCUAGCAAAGUGUUAAAACAAGAAAUAUAAAGGAUUGUCUUCAAAGAACAGUUCAUGUGACUAACAUAUAGUGAGAAAGGUGGCAGAGGUUUUUGAAUUUUUUUAAUCCACACCUCAGAGGAAUACAAAAACAGUUAGCAAAUAGUUGAAAACUCAAAUGACCGCUUUGAUUGGUUUUUAUCAGUUAUAGCUAGCUAGCUAACAUGAAGCUAACAGUAGCUUUAUGAGUUGGUUAAAAAUGCGAAGUUUUUAGUAUUUUUACCAAGGUUUUUUUUCUUUAACACAAACCUAGUAAAAAAGAAAAUCUUAAACAUGCACUUGGAGAUGGAGGCUAAAGCAGCUGGUAAAACUUGACAAACUACACAAUGUUGCUAAAGUAAAGCAUUUGUCCAGUUAGAAGUAAACCUAAAUAAUAUUAUACGCUCAACUGCAAAAUAUUUGAAGAUAGUUCAGAUGGACGUAAUCUGAAUCUGAACUUUAGAUAUCAAAAAUGAGCCCUUUAUGCAUGAAUGGUAAAAGUGAUGCUAUUUGCCUGUCAAAAACAUGGACCUGAAAUGCUCUUUUUGACUGUAGCUAGAAUCAAGCUUCAGGUAUCUGCUACAUAUCCAGUCUAACUAUUAAAUAUAAACAAUUUGUCAUAGCAAUCAAAAGAACCACUUCUGUAUGGCCAUAACAUCAUAUAACACCAGCUAGCAACUUUUCAACAGCUAACUGCUAGAUAGUGAAACGUUUUUCAAAAAAAAUGUGUACUACUUUUGCUCUAUUGGUGUAGCUUAGGUUGCUACAUUUCUCUGUACCAUUAAUACCUGUACCUAAUAAAUCUUUUACUGAACAUGCUGAGUUUUAUAUAUUUUACAGUGUGUCACACACCAGUUCGACACACCCUCAAAGAAUGAGUAGUUUCGGUCGGACUACUUUUGCAAGAUCUUCAUUCCUUUACUCAAAAAUGUGGGUUUAUGGUAUGAUCUUUCCUUGUCAGCCCAACUGACCAGUCAGACCUGAUUGGUCUUUUCUGGAAGGAUGUAAUAAACAAAAAAGAGGUAAAAGUGAGCAUUUCAGACAGCUGCUGCAGCAAUGUACAGAACUGAGAAAACUGAUGUGUUGUUUAAGUAGUAAAGCAUGUAAACAUAUUUGAGUACAAAAUUUUUUAAACCUGUAAGUGAGAAUAAUAUGGGUUCUUUAAAGAAGAGACUAGGAGAAAGACCUUGAUUAGCUAAUGUAAACUAUAUUCACGUGUUGGUUCAAAGGUUUUGAGAUCUAGCAAAGUGUUAAAACGGAAAAAAAAAAUGUAGGAUUGUCUUCAAAGAACAGUUGUAACAUGUAACAUACAGUGAUGAAGGUGGCAAAGGUUUCUGAAUAUUUUUAGUCCACAUGUCUGACCUCACAGAGGAAUACAAAAACAGAUGGCAAAUGGCUGAAACUCAAAUGACAGCUGUGAUUGGUUUUAUCAGUUAUAGCUAGCUAGCUAACAUGGAGCUAACAGUAGCUUUAUGAGUUGGUUGAAAAUGUGAAGUUUGAGUAUUUUUACUAAGGUUUAUUCUUCUUUCUUUAACACAAACCCAGAAAAUAAAUCUUAAACAUGCACUUGGAGAUGGAGGCGAAAGCAGCUAGUAAAACAUGGCAAACCCAUGGGCAAACCACAAAAUGUUGCUAAAGUAAAGCAUUAACAUUUGCCCAAUUCAAAGUAAAACAAAAAAAAAUAAAUAUUAUAUGCUCAACUGCAACAUAUCUGAAGAUAAUUCAGAUGUAUAUAAUGUCAUAGCUGUAUCAAAAAUAGAACCCAUAGGUGUGAAUGUAUGACCAUAGUGUCAUUUAAACACCAGCUAGUAACAUGUUUUUUGUUUUUUUUUUAAAAAGAACAUUUAAAUGUAAAUGAAAGUAGCGUCUGUUCUUUCAAACUACUUUUGCUAUAUUGGUGUAGCUUAGGUUUCUACAUUUCUCAGCAGCAAAGUGAAGUUCUCUUUAAAGUAGAGUGCUGGCUUAGCUCACUACACAUUCCAAGGAGCUUAGCCAACACUGCUUAUGAUAAUUCAUCGUCUGGGCACUACAAAUAUUUGUACUAAAUGAAUCGCCAAAACAAGCAACUUCAUCACCAACAAGGGUGGCAGAUAUGUGCUCACCAAAGUCACUGGGGACAGUCAAUAUUUGAAGAAAAAUUCAAAGCACAAUCUGAACCUUGUUUCUCUGUGGAUUUUAAACGAGUUGCAGUCUGUGCCACGGGCAUGUGUUGAAAAGAACAUGUCAACACUGGUAGCUGGCCUGCACACUACUGUGAAUUCAGUAUUUUAUAAUUGGCACCGUGUUAGGCAUACACAAGAUUUUUAAUUGUGGUCAACUCAGCCUUGGAAUGUUGUUUACCCUGAGAGGUGCAGCCAGAUGGAAAAAGUCACAGCUUGGAAUAAUGUGUUACUUUGUGAAAAGGAAAAGAGAGAGAGAAAAAAACGAACAUUUUCUUGACGAAUACAGGGUGACAUAACUGCAGAUGUGUGCAUCUGUUGUUCACACCUGUCUGCUGCUAAAUCUGGCUUGACCGGAAGUGACGGCAUUUACCAACACCAUAAACAAGGCGUGGUUGUUCGGUAAAAAGGGGAAGCUGCUGCUUGUGUUGUGGACUGUGACUGAGAUACAAGGUUCAUACAACAUGCAGGUCAAAAUGAAGAGUCUGGUUGGCUGUUGUGCGUUUGUUUUGAUUCUUCUCUUCAGCUGCACCGAACAGGCAGCGGGGAAAGGAGUUGUUCCUCAAGGAACAGACUGCACACAGAUUAAGUCUCUCCAACCACAAGCGCGCAGUGGGGUUUACAUCAUUCAGCCUGCUGGAAUCAAGUCCAAAUUCAAGGUGUACUGUGAGAUGCUUCCUGAUGGAGGCUGGACAGUGUUUCAGAGGCGCAGUGGACCGACAGUUUCUUUUGUCAGAAAAUGGACAGACUAUAGAAAUGGUUUUGGAGCCCUGAAACAGGACCACUGGCUCGGUCUGAAGAAGGUUUUCUUUCUGACCAAGAACAAAUCCAAAAUGUGGACAAUGAGGGUGGAUCUGUGGGACCAUGAAGGUGGGACUGCUUUCGCAGAGUACAAGAACUUCCGACUGGGAAAUGAGAAAGCAGCUUUUAAACUGCAAGUUGGGACAUACAGCGGAAAUGCAGGUGACGCCAUCCGUGGAGCCUAUAAAGGUAUUGACCAGAAUGGCUACGGCUUCAGCACCACUGACCGUGACAAUGAUGGCUGCUCCCCAUGCAUCUUUGGUGACAUUGCAGAAAGUGACUGUUCCUUUUCAGAAGGUGGUGGUGGUUGGUGGUACAGCAAGUGUGGCUCUGCCAACCUAAAUGGCGACUACCACCCCACUGGUCAACACAUCGGCUGGGCUUCAGGCCUCCACUGGCUCACUUGGAGACCUCCUGCACCUUACUCUGCCAAGGCCACCAGAAUGAUGAUCAAGUCUGCAUAAGAGAAGCCAACACUGGACAUCCUGUUUAUGUCUUGGUAUUUCUUUCAAAUAUGUUCCUACAUCUGUAAAAUAAAGCAAUGUCUGUCUAAAGCUGUCAUCAAGGCAAACAGUGGCAACUCUGAGGAAGAUAAAAUAUGAAACAUACCUUGUGUUGUGUUGUUUCUUGUUUAGUGCACCAAUCUAUGUGAGGUACUGAGUAAUUCUGAUGUCUUUGACAUCAAUCUGGAUUGUUGAAAAUAGUAAUAAUAUAGAACAACCAGUGAGUAUAAUAUAACCAUGUAAAUAAGGAGAAUCACUUGUUUCAGUGAAAAUGUUUCUGUUAAAUAGCCUGCAGUAAACUUUUUUCUCUAAAAUUCUAACAUUAAUCUAAAUGAACUGCAUUAGAAUAUACUGACUGUGUUCAAUUCAAAUGGUUCAGUGAGCAAGAAAGAAUCUUUUGUUUCUGUCAAUUUGUAAAACACAUUCCCUUCUUAUGAGGGAAAUUCAGGAUAUGUUGAACUACAUUUAUGACUAAUCAGAUUAAACUGUAGAUAUCUGAAAGUGGAAUUAAUACUUACUCAUAUACUUAUUAAUAUCUAUAGAAAAAUCCAAACCAAAAUCAGCAACAACUGAAUUUUGUUUCUCUUUGGAUUAAACGAGAGUAGUAUCCCUUGCUGUUUCACAGGCAUAAGUAACAAUGAAUUUGCUAAUACUUGUUAUCGACCUGCACAAAAUUGUGAAUUUUGUAUUAUUUAUAUGGUACU